GGGUAACUAGCUUGUACUGGUUGCUAUCUAUUAUUGUUGUCGCGCAGGAUUAUCCUAGCUGCUAGCAUGGAUGCUAGCUAGCAGGUAGUUUGCUGUAUGAGACGCUGCUGUGCUGUGAGUGUGUGUGAGGGAGAGUGUGUGUGUGUGUGUGUGUGUUGUGGGAGAUGAUGGGAGUGAGCGGGAUGGCUGGGGUGGCUUUGUGCCGCAGCGUGGAAACCUUCCUGCUCCUUUUUUAUUGUUUGGACGGAAGGAAAUGUGAAUGCGUGGUAGGAGAAGAAGGAGCGAACUAACCUCCAUAGCAACCAAAAGUAAAGGGACGAGGAGCUUAACAACCUUAUAGUUAUAAACGCUAGCUAAGCUAAAAUCCGGACCGGCUGCCUCAUUUUGAUUUUUUUUGCUCCUGGGACGCUUUGUACAGCCUGGCUGUAUCUGUUAUCUGUUAUAACUACUUCACACAGCUAGAAGUUACCUCCGCUAAUGCUGAACGGACGGGAGUUUUCCCACAACUUUGUCUCUUCUUUGUAAACACACUUUUAACGUUUUGCCACAAAGGAGCAAAGGAGAGAGGAGAGCAGUGUGAUGCGGCCCCCAGUCUCAUCCAGGAUCACUCGUGAGCACCUUUGAAGAAGAGAGACGAAAAGAAGGAGGGCGACGUUUUUUGGAGGAGGAAAAACAAGCUAAACGAAUGCGGAAACAACCCUGUCGCAUGUGAACUGGGCUCACGCUGCUGGAAACAAUGGAAUAAAUUGGAAGUCAGCAUGGACGUGGAAUAAAGGAUACCUCAGGACGAGGCAGGACGAGGGCUUUGGAUUUUUCUGCCAACUCUGAUAUCUGCCUCCCUGUGGAACUGGUACUGAUAAUGCUAUAACCCAAUGCUGAGCAGAGAUAUGGUGCGGAAAAAGAAUCCCCCUUUGAGAAGCUUCGGCGGUGAAGAAGAGGAGGGUGAGGUGGUGGCGGCGGAGGCCACGGGUGCAGAAAGCGGUGAGGUGGGCAGAGAGGCUUCGGAGCCGGACAGGCCGAUGGAGGACGAGCAGGGGGAGCCAGGGUCCCCUGGCCCAAUCAACGCCGACAAGCCCGGCUUUCAUUACGCCGGGGCGCCGGACUCCGUGGCGCUGGGCACGGCCGCUUCCCCUGGGCGGUCUGACCCCGGAGAGACGGGACACCCGGCCCGGAGUCCAGCUGAAGAGGGUGAGGUCACCAAGUCUGGGGUGGAGAGCCAGCGGCCAGGCUGCAUCAUUGUUCCCGCCUGCGCGACCAGCAACGGGGACGAACGGGUCCCCACCCAUAGCCCUCUGGUGCUGCUGGGGUCUGACAGCUUACGUGGAGAUGAAGUGGACGGCUCCAAACUUCCCCCGCUCCACCCGCGGCAGCCCAGCGACGUGCCCGAGGAAGUGUCCAGCCCGCUGGGGGCCGAAACCGGAGCCCCUCCGCCCUCCUCUCCCAAGCUGCAGGACUUCAAGUGCAACAUCUGCGGGUAUGGCUACUACGGUAACGACCCCACAGACCUGAUCAAACACUUCCGCAAGUACCACCUGGGCCUCCACAACCGGACGCGGCAGGACGCAGAGCUAGACAGCAAGAUCCUGGCCCUGCAUAACAUGGUGCAGUUCAUGGGCCAGACCCAGACUCAGGCCAAAGACGGCUCCAGAGCUGCGGGCCUCAUUGGUGGAGGCGGAGCCGUGACGGAGGCGGGCUCACCUAGAGCCUCCCUGCUCAAUGGCACCUACGACGUACAGGUGACGUUAGCGGGCACCUUCAUAGGCAUCGGCCGAAAGACUCCGGACUGCCAGGGCAACACCAAAUACUUCCGCUGCAAGUUCUGCAACUUCACCUAUAUGGGCAGUUCCUCGGUGGAGCUGGAGCAGCACUUCCUGGCCGCUCACCCAAACAAGAUGAAAAACCCGCCCCCCGUCGCAGCCAGUCCUGAGGAAAAGGUAACGGAGCGGAAGGGGAACUGCCUGUCUGUUCCCGGGUCAGAGGAGCAGGGUACCUGGGCAGACCGGGUGGCGGUCAGGGCGGAGGACGACUCUGUAGCCGGUUACUCUGUACCCAUCCGACCCCCGGACUCGCAGGGUCUCCCCGCCGGUGAUGUCACAGCAGCGUAUUUCUGGUGCAAGUACUGCAGCUUCAGCUGUGAGACCUCGGGCUCCUCCAGGCUGCUGGAGCACUAUGAGAAGAGGCACGGCCAGGCCGCCGUGCGAGAGGACAGCCCCGGGGAACGGGAGCGCAAACCGCAAGACAGAGGAGAACUCAACUCCCGGAGGAAAGAGCACCAGCGUGGCAAGGGAGAAUCAGAGAGCAUGGUCACCAGCUACAACUGCCAGGGUGGGAAGGGUGAGCCGGACACUGUGGUCACCAGCUACAAUUGCCAGUUCUGUGACUUCCGCUACUCCAUGAAUCACGGGUCGGACGUCAUCGUAGUGGCGCCGCUCUUGCGCCAUUACCAGCGCACUCACAGCAUCCACAAGUGCACCAUCAAGCACUGUCCCUUCUGCCCCCGUGGCCUCUGCAGUCCGGAGAAGCACCUGGGUGAUAUCUCCUACCCCUUCGCCUGCAGGAAGAGCUCCUGCUCGCACUGCGCUCUGCUCCUGCUGCAGCUGACCGCCGCCGGGAGCAGCAGCACCCCUCCGCCCACCCCCAGGUCCUCGGUCACUCACCUGUGCGACCAGUGCUCCUUCGCUUCGGCCGACAUAGACCUGCUGCUGCUGCACUACGACAGUGCUCACGCCACCCACACCCUGCUGGACGUGAAGGCUGAGGAGGAGGCGGUGGGGGAGGGACGGGGGCAGCAGGGGGAGUACUCCUGCACCAAGUGCCAUUUCUACACCGACGUGGAGGAGGACAUUUUUCGUCACUACAGGAGAGUUCACGGCUGCUGCCGCUGUCGCCACUGCAGCUUCACGGCGGCCGACACGACGGCCCUGCUGGACCACUUCAACUCCGCCCACUGCCAAGACCCCAGCGAUCCCAGCUCCGCCCCUGCCAACGGUUGCUCCGCCCCCUCAACGCUGCGCAUCAAAGAGGAGAGCAAAGGGGACCUGAAGUUGUACAGCCUGGCACCUCCCGAGGCGAAGCCGGCCGAGGCGGUGAAGAGCGAGGCCCCUGAUGAAAAGGAGAAGGAGCGGUCCUGGGCCGAGGCCCCGGGGUCCGGGGGGCGAGCAGUGGGUAGAGGUGUGGAGCAGACAGUCCCGGGACUGGUGUGGGUGCCUAAGGAGAGAGCUGCGGAGGUCCUGAGAGGCAGCCCGGCUCAGUUCCAGACCCCGGGGGCGCUGAGCCUGCUGAACGCUGUUCAGGAACAGCAGCAACAGAAGGUGUUACGAGACUCUCCCAACAUAGUGUUUAGCCUUAGCGCAGACGCUAAAGGCUACCUGCAGGGGACGCCGACGAGCGCAGCCGAGAAGCCUGGGCAGCAGUACCCCAGUUCUACAGAGAGCAAGAGUGCCAAGGAAGAGUCUCAGUCGCUUUUACGGAGACGGCGGGGAUCAGGGGUCUUCUGCGCCAACUGUCUGACCACCAAGACCUCACUGUGGAGGAAGAAUGCCAACGGGGGCUACGUGUGUAAUGCGUGUGGCCUCUAUCAGAAGCUCCACUCGACUCCCAGGCCUUUGAACAUCAUCAAGCAGAACAACGGUGAGCAGAUUAUCCGGCGACGCACGCGGAAGCGCCUGAACCCGGACAGCCUCCCAACUGAGCAGGUGGGCUCCAAGCAGCAGCGUGUGAACAGUGAGGAGCGCCUGAACGGCAGUCCACUGGAGCGCAGACCAGACGAGCUGGGGACCGAAGGGCAGCUGCCACGUACCGAACCAGCCCAGGCCCAGCUGGCCAAGUACGAGGGUUACGCUCCCUCCGGUCCAAAGGGUCACCCCAGUCCCCGUUCCACCCACGCCUUCCUGCUCAGCCAGACGCUGGAGAUACACAAGCGCAUGCCGCCGCUGCACGUGCACAAGAGCCCUGCAGAUGGCAGCGUUGAGGGCAACGGCCUGAGCGGGGGCUCUCAGGGUGGUCCGGACAGCAAAGGCGGCUCCGAACGGGGCAGCCCCAUCGAGAAGUACAUGCGUCCGUCCAAGCAGGCCAGCUACUCACCCCCAGGAAGCCCCAUCGAGAAAUACCAGUACCCCAUCUUCAGCUUACCUUUCAUCCACAGCGACCUGCAGAACGAGGCCGACUGGCUGCGCUUCUGGACUAAGUACAAGAUGUCUGUGCCAGGCAACCCAGGCCAUUACCUCGGCCACGUGGCCAGCCUGCCCAACCCAUGCCAAAGCUUUGUGCCUUACCCCACCUUUGGCCUGCCCCCUCACUUCCCCCCGCCUCCCCCGUCUUCUUCUGGACCGGACAGCGACACCCCUCUCAACCUGGCCAUGAAGCAUUCCAAAUCCAGCCCCGUGCCCAACGGCGCCAAUAUGGUGAAGGAGAAGGCCCAGCUGGAGAAACGGGCCUCGCCAUUAGCUGACAGGGAGAGCGAGCCGGACAGGCCGGUAAAGGCCAAAGAGAAGGACCCUGACCCGCCACAGCCCGCCAAACCAGAGAGAAUGGAUCAGAGCACCCAGGACGACCUGUCCAGCAAGUGCGCCCACUGCGGCAUCGUCUUUCUGGACGAGGUCAUGUACGCCCUGCACAUGAGCUGCCAUGCUGACGGCGGGCCCUUCCAGUGCAGCAUCUGCUUGCACGCCUGCACCGAUAAAUACGACUUCACCACCCACAUCCAGCGAGGCCUGCACCGGCCCGCUCCAGACGCCGGCGCGCAGGCCCCGGACGAGUGAAGCCCGACCAGACCUCUUAGCACAACUCCAACAGUAUGUUAGGAACCCAAUACAACACUCUGCACGAUUAAAGAAAACAGACAAAUGAUGUACGAAUGACUGUGUAGAAUAUUUUACUUUUGUUUUUUUCACUUAAAACCAAGAUUGCCAAGAUGGUUCCUGGUGCCUCUACUGCCAACGUAGUGAGCUUCAGUCAGCAUAGCAUUUCUAUCAGAAUUCAGACAAAAAAAAACAAGCUCUUGGCUGUUUUCACUUUUUUAAAGAACUGCCUUUGAGGAAAAUGGUACAAGUAGUUGAUCAAUUUAGAUUGAUGUUUUUUUAACAUACUUUAAAGUAGUUGAUUGAUCUGGGUUCAUCUAUUUCUGUUGUUGUUCAAUUUGGGCUGUUCUCUGCCUUCUGGAAAGUUCUCUUACCUGUUUUUUUUUCUUUUCAACAAAUGGAGGAUGUGAGACUCUGCGUGCGUGGCAAAGAGUGCGCGAAUGUGCCAGUCCUCUGUCACUUUGGCAAAAGCAUAAGUGAUUUUUGUCCUCAAAACAAACAUCCUCAGGGAAUGUAUAUGGCUGAAAUAGGCAAGACACAUUAGCUUAGGCCUUUCUGUGUGUCUCUGGUUAACGUAUUAAAUAUCCUUGAGUUUAGUGUUGCUUUUCAUUAUUGUUUUUCCCCCUCCGGUGCGUAGGGUCGGGUUACUGUUGUUGCAAAAUUCCAUAAAGACAUAUUAGCUGCUGCCUUAGUUGCUGGGAUGCAAAGCUAAUUAUCACUCCAGAAAUUUGGGAAGGAAUAGAAAAAAAAAGAUAUUUUUUUCUAAGUUGUUAAUAGGAAUAAUCAUAUUAUCAGUGCCUGAUAUAAUUGUACAAAGUAUUUUCUACCUGAUAUGUUAAUAUGCAACAUUGAACUUGCAUCUGAAUAAGGGCCUUGAGCUUGGCUCUGAAAAAGUUUACAUUUGCAAAUGUAGCAAACAAGGUAAUGAAGCAAACACCUGCUUAUUGUUUUUGAUUUUGUUUUGUUUUGCUGGUUUUUUUUUUUUGUUUUUUUGGUUUUUUUUACAUUUUCAGACAAACAGAUGAGAAUCAAUCGUCCUUUUUUGUUUUUAUUUUUUUUUAUUUUAAGGUGGAACAUUCAGUAAAGGUUUAUUUGUUUUUCUCUGGCCACCAAAGGCACUAUCCAUUCCAGACGUUGUUCUUCAUGACUUUGUUUUGCCACCUUAUUCAUGUACUCGUGUUUUAUAGCUGACUAGCAUUGAAGACUUCAAUCUCCCUGUUUUUGUCUGCAAACAUUGAACAAAAUCAAGGGAAGCUGAUAAAGCUUUAUGUGCUCCUUUUUUGAUGUGCUAGAGCUUUGAAUAAACCUCUUUAGCCCCCCGUCCAGCUAUUUCACCGUCCGUGAAUUCUAUUGAAUUCCGCGUCUUAGGAAAGUACAGAGUACAGGGGAUAAUUGUUGUGGUUUCCUAUAGGAAAACUAACCUGCCAAUUACUCUGCAUUAUGUUCAGAAGUAGAGAAGUAUUGUCGAUACUUAGUAAGUGCAGGUUUUUUAGGUGCCUUUUGAUGAAGCUUUUCUUCGAGGACGUACAACAUUAUAAUGCUGUACUGAGCUACACUUCGGUUCACUCUCGCUUUGCAACUCUCUGUUCUUCUGUUAUACUGAAUAAAUAAUAUCUUUUACUGAUCAGAUGAAAGUUUUAGCCCUAAAAUAACUCGAUUAUGCGUUUGGAAAUGAUCUCCAAUACCAAAAUAUGAUGAUACUGACAUGAUCAAUGACUUCAGGCAUUUUUAUCAGACUUGCAUACAUUAUAUGAAAAAAUCUCUUUCUUCUGUCUUCAUUGGUUUUCAUUGAUUUUCAUUGGUUUUCAGAGAUUGUACCUCUAAAGUCUAGCAAAAGCUGUUGUUCUUGUUUGCUAGCAGCUUCAAGAUGUUUGUACUCUCUGUUUUGUUCCACUGUAUGUUUCUCCUCCCUGCAGUUUCCUUUUCCUGGUCAUGGAAUCAGCGAGCUGGGUUUUGCCUGGCUACACACAGACAUUAUUUAUAUGAACUGAGGAGGUGAGAGAGAGAGAGGGAGCGAGGGAGAGAGAGAGAGAGAUGCUCUGGAUGUCUCAAGGACGUCUCUGCAUUUCAGCAGUCCUCACUUAUAGCCUUACGAUGCUGCUUAACUGCAAAGCCUCUUGGAAAAUAACUGAAAUAUUAUGAACUGUCGCUUUUCGUUGGAGCAUUUAUACAGUUGGGUAUUACAUAACGUAAGGAUUUGUUGUUUUGUUUUUAUUUGUUGUCUUUUGGCAAAUCUUUCAGUUUAAUUUGUAAUUAUGUUAAUGCUUGCACUUCAGUUACUCUGUUUAUUGCCAAGGAAGAAAGAUGAAUUGUUUUAUUAGCAUGCUAUGACUAUGAACAGGUACUGCAUUGUAAUAAGUGAACAAGAUUGUGCCUUUUCUUUUCCUCUCUUUUGAAGGCCUUGUGUAAGGCUUCACCAACAUUGAAACACAAAGGAGUAUUUGUUCGUGCCUGGGAGCCAGUCUAGCCCUGGUCGAGGCAGAAGGCAAAACUAUGUAAAUGUUUUAACUAUUAUUUUUAGAAUGUUAUUGUUUUUACACUUGCUGCAUUUAAAGUGCAUAGAUGAUGGUUUAGAAUUUCUUUAUUUUGUUGUUUUUUUUCCUUCAACUGCCACCUUAACGUUUUUUUGUGUUGUAGGUUUUUACAUGCAAAAAGAUUCAACAAAGAUGGCAAAGAUGUCUGUUACAUCUAAACUUGAAUAAUUCUGAUGAUGACGAUGAUAAUAAUAAUGAUAAUAAUAAUUAAUAAAGUAAUAACAAAACAUUUUGGCAA